AUGGAGCCCCCUUUGAGCAAGAGGAAUCCGGCGAUAAGAUUAGCGGAUUUGGCAGCGACUCAACCUCUUCCUCAUCAGAAUAUGACAGGCUUCCCGGGGCUAGGGGUGCAUCACCCUCACUCCCACCAUGCCCACCACCACCCUGGGGAGAUGGGCAACGACCCCGGAGUGGCACUCACUCCAUUUGGACCCGAGCACAUGGCACAGACAAACGCUCUCAAACUUAGCCCCUCUCAGCACAAUCAGAGCCAUCCCGAAGCCCAGACCGCCGCAACAGCAGCAGCAUCCUUCACUUCUGCUCAGACCACAGUAGGUUUCCCCGUGGCUCCUCACCCCCACUCAGGCUACUCUAGCAGCAGGGACUACAUCCUCAGGAGAGAACUCUCAGCCUCGGCUAUGCAUGCACUUGGCGACCAGCAUAGUUCCGCCUCCUCCCCUCAUCACCAUGGCAUGUUCAUCGCCCCAACAGGUGCUUAUGGGCACGCCGAAACUGGUGCCCAUCCACUUUUCUCUGGACUCCACGACCAAGCGGCCCCAGGUGCCCACCACCACCAUCACCAUGCCCUCAACGGGCAGAUGCGUCUGGGUCUACCGGGGGACAUCUACGGCAGGCCAGAGCACUUCGGCCACAGGCCCGAGCACUAUGGACCCUCUUCUAUCCACAGCUACAACUCCAUGAACCUCAAUGUGAACAUCGCUUCUGCUCCUCACGGAGCUGCGGGGGCAUUUUUGAGAUACAUGAGGCAGCCCAUCAAGCAAGAGUUAAUCUGCAAAUGGAUUGACCAGGAUGAAUCUACAAAGAAGCCCUGCUCCAAAACUUACAGCACCAUGCACGAGCUGGUCAACCAUGUCACGGUGGAGCACGUCGGGGGACCGGAGCAAGCCAGUCAUGUCUGCUUCUGGGAGGAAUGUCCGCGGGAGGGGAAAGCUUUUAAGGCGAAAUACAAACUGAUAAACCACAUCCGAGUUCACACGGGAGAGAAACCGUUCCCUUGCCCUUUCCCCGGCUGCGGAAAAGUGUUCGCACGCUCGGAGAAUCUAAAGAUUCACAAAAGGACACACACAGGUCAGUGAAAGUGUGCCGAAUUAUUUUAGAACUGCAUAAAACAGAAAUCGAUAUAUUGAAUCAAAGUAGACGCUUUGAAAAUGUUAAAUAAACUUUUUUGGCAUAGACAACAAAAAUAUAUUGGGAAAAGUUUUCAUUUUAACUGCUGGCGGGCAUGGAGGGUGACCAUGCGUAAAAGUCACAGGAACGAGAUUUCAUCGAAUAAAAUGAUUCAUUAUGGUCAAGCCAAGGCAUCACGUGUACAGUAAUAACUUUCUGAAAGAGCUAUUUACUCGUAGAGACGUGGAAACUAGAGGUGGGGGGUUAUGCCAUAUGGUUGUAGUUAUUACUCCGUAGGACGUUUAGGUCUUUAUGACUCAUGUUAGUGCUAUGUUGAUUGAUCGACUCUUCACAGCAGAAGCAACCAUACAUACAUGUACUGAUUUCAUACCUUACUAAAUCGAGCUCCUAAAAACUUUAGAAGGCCAGAUGAAAAUUUAACAUUUAUAUUUGGGGGGAACGUUAUAACAGUUUUAGACUAUUGAUAGGCUGAUGAUAACUUCAUCGAAUCUUGACUCAUAAUAAUUUCAGACUGACUAAAGAAAAACAACAAAGUGAAAAGGGACUACUGGGGCUGGCUUUUCUUCCAAAAUGAUAUACAGCAGCCUAGCACUUGUCCUUAGAGCCCGAUCAUAGCAAUGGCGUUAGUCAGUCUAAACACUUGUAAUAUGAUGCAAUACAGUAUGCAGCGGCAGGCAUGCUAUGUUACAGAAUAGCCUGCGCAACACCCCCAACUUUCCACCUUACAACUCACACGGAAACUACGUAUGAGAGACAAGUGUGUCAUUGAGGGCUGGCCUGUUUCGAAAGCAAGUGGCUCCCAAGACUGGAAAAACAGCACGGCAAUCAGAUCAUGUCAGUGUCUUUGGUAGUAAUGUGAGGAGGGAGAGAAGAGCAGAGCCCACUGAAACUGUCAUGAUGCACCAUCAAGCCUUUGGGGAUAUGGGGACUGCUUAGUAAGAGCUAGAAUGAGGAGCCCUUUUUCCGUGCAGAUUCAGAUUGUGGCAAUAACAUGUUUUUCUAAAGUACAAACAAAAACAAUACACCCAAGGGGCCGCCCCUACACAGUCAUAGUAGGCUGGUGUAUGGUUUUUCUAUUUUGAAUUGUCCAUCUUACAAUCACAAAAUCAUUUUAUGCACAAUCUUCUCAAUACAAGCAUUACAACAUAUAGGUUUAUCUUUCGCCAAAAGGCAUUCAUUUAGGCCUACCAAUGCACUUGUUUCCACGGCACUUAUCACAUAGCCAACAUUAGCCUACAUCAAAGCAACCUCUGAAUGUUUUCGCCUUCUUGCAUUCACUGUGGUUCUGUAUAGGCUACACAUUUUCCCUGCACGUUCACGUGUAUAGCCCACGAGCCACCCUAUGACAUGUUCCACGUGCGUCAGUCAGUCAGGAACAUGCCUUGUACAUGUGGGAGAGGAGUGGCAUUUACAUUUUAGUCAGUUAGCAGACGCUCUUAUCCAGAGCGACUUACAGUUACUGCAUACAUAAAUUUGUUUUCAUACCCCCUGUGGGAAUCGAACCCACAACCCUGGCGUUGCAAACGCCAUGCUCUAUCAACUGAGCUACAUCCCUGGGUGUAGGCAUGGGUGUAGAUGUAUAAUAAAUAAGGUAUGUCGGACAGGAAGCCCUAGUGGCAGAGUGGGCUGCCACACUGACCAUUUUUGGAGCAGGCUUAUACUGCGGGAAGUGAUAUGUUACCAGUUAAGCGGUGGAUUCAAUUAUGGGCCUACUUUGGGUAGAGCAUGUGGACGUCCAUGUUGAAUAAAGGUGAAAAUGGAUCAUCCAUUUUAUAGGUCAAACUUAAAGGAAUUUACAUUGCUGUUUGCUGGAAAUAUAUUGUAUACAUUUGAUGUCAUAACAUUUUUAUUGGGCCUAACCAUUUGGUAACUUUGUUAUUCUUCUUGGACUUUGAUCAAAUGUGUUUAUAAAGGCCAUCAUAAAAUGUCAUCAUUAUGUGUUAUAUUAUGUUAUAACACAUGCACCCUUUCCUGAGCCUGAUUGGAUAUGAGUAGCCUCUAAUGCUAAAUAUCUCCAUCUCCAUCUUUUCCAGGGGAGAAGCCUUUCAAGUGCGAGUUUGAUGGCUGCGACAGGAAAUUCGCCAACAGCAGCGACCGGAAGAAGCACUCCCACGUCCAUACGAGUGACAAGCCUUACUACUGCAAAGUCAGAGGCUGUGACAAGUCCUAUACGCACCCCAGCUCGCUGCGAAAGCACAUGAAAGUCCACUGCAAGUCGCCCCCGCCCCCUUCUGCCAACGCUUCAUACCAUUCUUCUACGAACCCUCUUGGCGCACCCCUUUCGCCCGCCUCCGAACCGCACAGGAACCGGUCCGUGAACCUCUCGCCUCAGGUUACCAACCUCAAUGAGUGGUACGUGUGCCAGGGGAGCGGGGGACCCAACCAUCUCCACACCCCCUCCAGCGAUGUGCCAACUUCGGACUCGGACGACGAGGACUCUUUCAGAAAUUCAGACCCGAGGACAAUGCUCUAA